GGGGGCUGCAGGCCCCGAUGUGGCUGCGGCCUGCAGCGGCCUGCUCCCCUGCACCGGCCCUGGCGUCACCGGCAGCAGCCCCGGCCCGGCGGCGGCGCCGAGGAGAUGCCGGCCCCGGGACCGCCGCGGGCGGCAGGUUCCGACCGGACCCAGCGCCCUUACGUCACGCUGACGUCAUGGCGGUGACGCCAGCGCCGGGGGGCUGGGCGCGCCCCCUGGCGGCCCGGCGGGGGGGGGCGGGGGGGGCGGACUGCGUUUCCCAUCGGCCCCCGCGGCGAUCACAUGACCGGGGAGGGCGGAAGAUGGCGGAGCCGCCCGGCGCCGCGGCCGAGGACUCGUGGGGGAAGGUGGACGCCGCCUACAGCGACAAUGGCCUGGACUCGGCGCUCUUCAUGGAAAACGCCAGGAAAGGCAGCAUAGUGUCACGAGCCAACAGCAUCGGCUCCACCAGCGCCUCGUCUGUCCCCAACACAGACGAUGAGGACAGCGAUUAUCACCAGGAGUCCUACAAGGAGUCCUACAAGGACCGGCGCAGGCGGGCGCACACCCAGGCGGAGCGGAAGAGGCGAGAUGCCAUCAAGAAAGGCUACGAUGACUUGCAGGCCAUCGUUCCUACCUGUGAGCAACAGGAUUUCUCCGUAGGCUCCCAGAAGCCGAGCAGGGCCAUCGUCCUCCAGAAAACCAUUGACUACAUCCAGUUCCUGCACAAGGAAAAGAAGAAGCAAGAGGAGGAAGUUUCUACCCUCAGGAAAGACGUGAUGGCCUUGAAGAUCAUGAAAGUGAACUACGAGCAGAUUGUGAAAGCUUAUCAGGACAACCCGAAUGAGGGGAAGGAGCAGGUCUCUGAUGAAAUGAAGUUCAAUGUUUUCCAAGGCAUUAUGGAUUCCCUGUUCCAGUCCUUUAACGCCUCCAUCUCAGUAACGAGUUUUCAGGAGCUCUCGGCACGCGCCUUCAGCUGGAUUGAGGAGCACUGCAAACCCCAGACACUGCGGGACAUUGCGAUCGGGGUCCUGCACCAACUGAAGAGUCAGCUCUACUGAGCCUCCCCCUGCAGCACCAACGGCUCCGGGACUGGACACCUCCUGCCUGGGGGCCUGGGGGAUGGGCACCAAGAAAGGCUGGGCCGUCUCCCUCGUGGCUGUUUUUAAAGCUUCUCCGAAUUAUUUAUUGUAUUAAGUACAAAACCAAACCAAGGCUGUGCAGGCACCUCUGCUCCACAGUUGAUGUUACCAAAUAUUUGUAGGGAUUCUGCAAAGGGGGGAAAAAAGCGUGUGUUGAGUGGAGGAUUUUUAAGGUGCCAGAGGCUUUAGCUCAGGCUGGCGCAGGGGGGUGUGCCUGUGCCACCGAUUUUUGGCUACAGAGCAGAUCUGGUCUGUAACCUCAGGCCUCCAGCACCACUCCUUCCGAUCCUGGGGGAGGGGGGAGUGAAACAAGAACGCAUGCUAAAAGCCGUUGGUUUCUGUUAAAACAGGUGACGAAGAGGCUUCUCCUCUUAACUUCGGGUUUUCUCAUACCUCCCUCUGAUGCAGCUGUUGUGGGGCAGGUUUUUUAGUUGCGUAGGUGCUUUGGGGAAGCCUGGCAGAGCUGAAGGACGAGCCCAUCGCUGCCAGGGAGCCGCUUGCUUGGCGCAGCUGGGACCUCCCUGGUGCAGAGCUGGCGGCACGUGCCGGCGACAUGCUAAAACCUGCCCUCUUCUGCUGUAGCUGCAGUUCCCCUGAAAGGGAGACGGGAGCGAGUUUUCUGUGCAGCCUUUUCCUGCUCGUGCUGAAACACGCCUGGCUUCUGCCCUUGGCCCUUGAUGUGGCCAUACUGCGGGAAAGUAAUUCAGUGGGUGUAGCACAGCGCUGCCACAAGCUCUUGUUGCUCCUUAGAACUUCUAUAUACACACACACACACAUAUAUAUAUAUAACCAGCCUUGAGCCUUGAUUUGAUUUUUGUUUUUAUCAAUGACUGAAAUCAUCCUGAAGCACGAUCAGCUUCAGCUUUGCAGAGAGGUGCUCGCUGGGACACAACCUGUCACACGCUGGGUCAUGGCUCUGGCGCUUUGUGGGGCGGUGCAGCUGCUGCCCAAGCGAUGGCUGCGCACCACACAGAGCGAGCGUGCGGGGGAUCCUCCAGCACGGUGGUGCUGGCAGCAGGAUUUGUUCCCUGGAAUUGUGUUGAUGCUCCCACUCCAGGGGUAGCAGAUAUUUAUUUUACACUGGUUUUCCACUGUUGAUGAAGUAGCACUCAGCUGUAGGUUAUGUGGUUUGAACGCUGUGGCCUGAGAAUGUUUAAGCUACUGCUUCUACCCCUGUUUAAUACCAGAGAACCCACUGUAGGGCGUGUGUGAGAUUUUUAUACAAAAUUCUUCUUCAAACCCUGCCUUUGGGUGCCUUUUUCAAUCCGAUGGAAGCCCCAGAGUCAAACCCUGCAGUGGUGCACAUCACUGACAUAGCACACACAGGGUCAGCUCUGUCUUGCCUGGAAGAUGUUGCUUUGUGAUGAAGAAAAUGCUCUCGGUGGUGAGCGGGUGGGGAUCGGGCUCCGCAGCUGAACAGGGGGCACAGCCUGAACCCCUGGACAAGCUCUGCCAGAAGCUGCCUCCUGCCUUGGGGGGAGGACGUGGAGUUUUACAGACCUCACAUGUGAAAGCGACAUAUUUUUCUAUUGUGAAAAGUAAUUAAAUAAAUUUUGCUGAAUGUUUUAA